UAUUAUUUAUCGGUCACUCCGCGGUCACACUGGUGACGUUUUAGUGAAGAAGUUGUGUUGUUUUUUUUUAUUUCAUUUCGUUCAAUUUUCGUUGGCCAUUCGUCAUCGCUUUCGUCGCAGUGUUCUUCCAAGAGUGUCGUGCACCGUAGAGGUUGACUUUUCGCCCAACGAUCCAAGAAACUCAACUUCCGGAAUCCGGAUGCGCGAGCGAAAACGGUAAAAGUCGUCGGUUGUCCCGUUCAACGUCCGCCUGUUGCAUCUCUCCCUCUCUUUCCCGCAGGGCUGGAAUUGGGGUGGAGCUCGUCCCCUCUCUUUCGCGCGCCCAUUCAGCUGUUGCGUUCGCGUGCGUGUGUGUGAGUGCGUGCUGCUGGGCCAAGAUAAACUCCAAUCAAGGAAAAAAAGGGUUUAUAUAACUCGCAGUGCUUUCCACCAUUGUGUGUUCGCCAGCUUUUCUUCUCUUUCAUUCGGCCAACUUGUUUUGCCCGCCUGCGAGUGUGUUGGUGUUUCGCAUACCCUUAUGUUAAGUAUUACCUAAAGAUGCUGUGAUGGCGAAGAUGGCAUCUGGAGAUCUAUCGCUGACUAGUACGAGUAGCCAGGAAGAAGAGAGCUCGGAGUAUGUGGGCUAUGAUAAUACCCUACGACCGCCGUCCAAUUCCAGCGGCAGCACCACAGCUGCCAACAUGUCCAACAACAACGGGCCCUCGAAGGGCGUCAGUAGCGGUGUGGGCGUGUCGGGCAUUUCUGGUGGAAACGGCGCAAAUUACGAUAUACUGCAGGCGCAGUACAAGUCCGCACUUUUGGAGCUAAAUACCCUACGCCACCAGCAUGCGAACACCAAGAGGCGAUGCGAUGAGUUAGCCACCGAGUUAACUCUGUACCAGGAGCAUUACGUGGCCGAUCGUAACAAGUUCACCGAUAUGGUGGAGGAGAGCGCCCGUUUCAAGCGUCUGCUAUUGGAGACCCAAAACCAACAGAGCCAGCAGGCCCAGAAUGGAAAUAGCCAAGUGCCGCCAGUCGGCAGUGGGAAUCCUUAUUAUUUUGGCAAGACGCAGGGAUGCGAUGGAAGCUGCAGUGAGAAGCUGGCCGAACUGAAGAAAGAGCGAAAUAUGGUCGCCGUGGAGAGGGAGAAGUACAAGAAGUCCUACAUCGAGCUUGAAAAGGAUCGCAACUACUACCGGGAGCGAGGCGAUGAAAAUCAGAAACUGAAGGUUCUUCUCUCCCAGGAGAGUAAGAAUGUGCUUUCCCUUACCGAGGAGCUUAAUCAACUGCUCUCAGAGAAGGACAACGUGCUGCAGGAGCACCAGAAGAUGUCCGACGAUCUGGUUCUGGCCAACAAAGAAAUUGAGAGGCUCAAAAAGGACGAACAGCUUGCCAGGGCUGAAAUCAAGGUUCUACAGCUGGCCAAUGCGGACCUUAAAAAGCGCGAUCUUCUAAAGUCUCGCGAUAGCUCGUGGUCCAAAGAAUUUCCGAGUGGAAAGGAGCUGGAGAACAGCAAGGAACUGGAAAAGCUGCGCAAGAGCUUAGAAAAGGCCCUCUCGGAGGUGGAGCGUUCAAGCCAGGAUGCCGAAGAAGCGAAGCGCGUAAGGGAUUGGGCCAUAUCGCAACGUGAGAAGAUCGUGCAGGAGCGGGAUUCGGUGAAGACGCUCUGUGAUAAAAUGCGCCACGAGAGAGAUAAAGCCAUCUCCGACUCGCUGAUGGCCAUCCGGGAUAGCGAAAAGAUUAAAAAGCAGAAGGACGAAGCGCAGAAAAAGAUCGACUUGUUGAAAGAACAAAUGGAGCAGCAAGAGCGCCAAAAUCUUGACAGUAACGCCUCCGGAUCCCGACGCAGUUUCCGCCCAAGCAGUUACGAAGGUGAGGAUCUCCUGGAAGUAGAGCUGUCCGGCUACGAGCACACGUCCGACCUGGGCAUCAUCCUGGAUGACAGCAACAAGCGAAAAUUAGUGUGUGGCGUUACCAGCAGUUCCCCCGCCUGCGGGAAGCUCAAGAUUAACGAUGUGAUCUGCAAGGUGAACAACUUGGACUGCCAGUCUUUGUCGAAACGGAUGGUUCUUGAUGAGAUCCGCGCCUGUGCUCCUCGUUCCCUCCUGCUCGUUUCCCGAACUCGUCACAGCAAACGGCACGCCUAUUCUGUUCAGCUAAAGACUAGGGAUAGGGAUUGCCCGCAUGGCCUGCAACUGGACAUGGGAGUGUUCAUUGCAAAGAUCGAGCAAAAUUCGCUAGCCUUCUACGAACCAGAGCUGGACGUUGGCGACCGAGUGUUAAGCAUUAACAACAAGUCUAUGGACUCAGUGCAGUCAAUCGAGGAAGUGAUGCAGUUGAUGAAUGAUCCCCGAAGCGAUGGGCUCAAUCUGUUUGCCCUUAAAUACGUACAGGAUCAGUUACCCCCGGGAAUGACCACCUCGUCGGCGCAGACAGAUUCCAUUGACUCCAUGCAGCAUGUCUCAAGUGCCGGGGGAGGUGGAGGAAGUGGGCCCAGUAGCGCCACCAAACAUCCGUCCAGGUUCGCGGAAUUUUUCUUCCGAAAGCUUAAGUUCAGCAAACCAGGCACACCAGAGGAUAACUUUGAGCAGGAGCACGACGACGCCAUCGCUGCUUUGGAUUCUGUGCUCAGUGAAAACAGCUCUGAGAAGAGCAAGGAGAAUCUGUUCAACCGCAAGAAGCGGACCAAGAAGGAGAAAGAGGCCUCCAAGAGCAUGGGUACCUGGCCGCGGACCAACAUCUCGCAUGAAAACCCAACGGGCACCAUGCGCGGCAAUGAGAAGAAGCGUGCUCUGAUGUCGCUUUUUACAGCCGGUCCCAUAAAUGUGGACAAGGAUGACGAGCUGAUGGGCGAGGUUGGAGUGCCAGAAAAGCAGCCAGCAGCGUUGAUCCAGGAUCAGUUGCCUCCACCGCUGCCCCCGCAAAUGUCCAAGCCACUGGCCCACAUUCGGGGAUCGAACGGAGGAGCUAUAAAGACGCAUCCAAACCGCAAUUCUAAUCCGGUGAGCUCGGGAGUCUCGGCACUGUUUCCCCCCGGACCACCCAAUGGAAUGCCCAACACUAGUUAUCCCACACAUCCGAGGCAUUCGCUAUACGGUGUGACUGCCGAGGAGAUUAACCAAAAGCCGAUCCAGCGAGCCCCUCUGAUGGGCGCCAAUGCCAGGGUUAAAAUGCCUUCACAGGAGCGCUACGGAACCAGGCCGCAUAGUAACCAUCGCCUGUCGUUAAAUAUCACGCCCAGCGGAGAUUUUUAUCAGCCCAAGACCAGUGGUCAGCAGGCCCAGCAGCAAGUAAUGAACGCCUCAUCGACAUCGGCGGGCUUUGGAGUAGGAUCGGGAUCAAUGGUCGGUGGUACGGGUCCGGCGGCCGGAGAGUUUCCAGUGCGCAAACAGCAGGUCUAUGACGUCUUCCAUCCGCCUCCACUGCCCAAAAACAGCUCCGGAUCCAAUAUGUUCAUGCCGCUUCAUCCGACCAGGGGCAGUCACCCGCCGCCCGUUGGACAACCGCCGGACGUUGUGUCCCUGAAAUCGCAGAAUUCUAUAGAGUCAAUACUGUCUGCUAAGAGUCCCGCUAUCAGCGAAUACGGGAUGUACGCCAAGCGCCAUGUGCCACAGGCGGUAAGGCAUGUGCCGAAGUACCCGAGUGAUAGCGAGAGCAUUGGUUCCGGUGUUCACGGAGGAUAUGGUGGAUUUCUUCAGUCCAACCAUAUGCCGGGAAAUAGACACACGCAGCUCUUCCCCACUUUUGGACCCGGUGGUCGGGGUAACCGGAGAUCCAGUCCAUUAACCCUACCUUCACCACCGCCUCAGCAGCAGUUGCAACAGCUACCUGCGGCGACGGCACCGCACGACAGCGUUGGAAUACCCACUGAUCUGGACUACCAUCCGCACCAUCACACGCAGACCAACGCAAUGCCACAUCCACAUCCCCAUCCCCAUGCUCCUUACUUGGAUUACGGGCACGGUCUAGGGAUAGGUCCCUAUAUGGGGGUGGGCGGUGGAGUCUCGGGAGUUGGCGGAGCUAUCUAUGAAGGCGGAACAUUCCCGCGCAAGAAAGACAAUCAGCGAUUAAGGAUUCCAUCUAAUCCCAGUGUGGCUAGCAAAAGCAGCAGUAUGGUGAAGAAUAGCUCUGGCAGCAUCGACCAUCAUUAUGUGACGAGCACGGGGCCAGUCUCUGGUGGAUCCAUGUCAGCCUCGUCUUCAGAUCGUGCACCUAUGUCACUGAUGAGCUCUAGUAUUCACAACAGUUACGGUGCAAAUAUUGCAGGAGGAAAUGGAACUGGAUCGAGCAUAGGAGUUGGAGGAGGCGGUGGAGGAGGAAGUGGCCGCGGUUCGCCCAUGCCGCAGGUCCAUGUGGAAGUCCUUAGCCAUGGAGGCGGCGGAAGUGGCAAGCGCAACUCCAAUGUGCCUGCGGAUUUUCUCUGCCCCGGAGACCUUAGAAGAGUCACCAUCGACAAGCGCGACAAGUCGCUAGGUAUCACCAUUCAGUGCAACAACAACGGCGGCGGAAUAUUUGUGUCAACCGUCGCUGACAAAAGCACGGCGAUGCGUGCCGGUCUCCAGGUGGGCGAUCAACUCUUGGAAGUAUGUGGCAUUAACAUGCGGGCGGCCACGCAGGAGAUUGCUGCCAAUGUGCUGCGGCAGUGCGGCGACUCCUUUACAAUGCUCGUUCAGUACAAUCCGGAGAAGUUCCCUUCAAUUGAGUACGAGGGAGCGCACAAUUUGGAACCAGAAUCUCCCAUCAAUCAUUCGGGCUCCCCGACUCCGCGCAACUCUCCCCGUCCUCCUGCCCGCAACUCGCUUUUCCCGUUGCCGAUGCAGCCGCAGGCUCCUUCAACGAGACCCGGCUCAAGGGCUCCGCUGUCGCAUCAGUCGAUUAAGGACCAGAGCUUCACCGAUAGCCUUGAGAACCAGUCGGAUAUCAGCAGCAGCCAGGACAUGCCUUCAUCGGCGGCCACCACCACCACAACGACUGCCUCAGCCACGUCAACGGUGUAUGAUGAGGAACCUAAGCCAUCCUUGCCGCCGCCACCUGCAUCCGUUCCAGCAGAGAGUACGUAGCCACCACUCUACACCCACUACUAACCACACUCCCGGGAUAGUAGCAUUUCCCCAUAAUUCGUGCCUUCGACGGAGAAGGUAACCGUGCAGCAGGAAGAGUUUCCGGCUGUAUCAGCUCUAAGGUAUGUGACUCUGCACAUGGACAAGUCAAAGAACCUGGGCAUCAAGCUAUUUGGGGGCAAUAAAGUUGGCAUAUAUGUGCAUGACGUCGCGGUGGGAUCGCCUUCUGAUCAUGCUGGAAUUCGCAAAGGCGAUCAAAUACUGGAAUACAAUGGUGUAGAUUUGAGCGGAGUCACCGCUGAGCAGGCGGCCAAUGAGAUUUCAAAGCUUACGGAUACGGUCACCAUGUUGGUACAGAAUAAGUUACACACCCUAAAGCAAAUUAAAGACGAGCCUGGCGACUCCUUUUAUAUUCGCGUGGGGUUUGACCGGACUGGUGAGUUGAACGAGGACGAUUUGCGCUUUGUUAAGGACGAGGUGCUCUACGUGGACAAUACGGUUUUUAAUGGCACCUUUGGCUUGUGGCGAGCCUGGAAGCUGGAUGCCAUGGGCCAUCGGAAGGAGUGCGGCAUAAUACCCAGUCAAAUGAAGGUGGAGGAGGAACUGCGUUCGGGUGAGGUGGUCGACUGUGAUACGGGAACGGCCAGACGCGGCAGCACUUCGGCCAGAAGAUCAUUUUUUCGUCGCAAGAAAAACCAGCGCAGCUCGUCCCGCGACUCCACGGAGAUUGCCAGUUUCAGCAACACACAGCUUAGCUUCUUUCCAGACUUAGGUCUGCUCAACGAUGAUGGUGGAGCCCUUAGCUACCAGCGUGUAGAGCUUUUAGAUUCACCCAUUCGCCGGCCCGUGCUGAUUAUCGGACCGUUGUCCGAGUGUCUGAUGGUUCGCCUUACAAUUGACUUCUCCAACCUCUUCAAACUGUGCGAGGUGACGGCCAUGGACUGUUCGCAGGAGGCCAUGGAGGAGGGUCUAAAAGAAAACAUCUUUGUGGAUUAUCGGCGGAGGGGCAACAAGUUUGAAUGCACCACCGUUGAGGCGAUUAGCAAUGCCUGCAAAAAUGAUCGACGCCACUGCAUCCUUGACGUUUCCAUUUCCGCCGUGGAGCGUCUGCAGCGCCUACAAAUCUAUCCAAUUGUCCUCCUGCUGCGCUUUAAGUCUGCCAAACAAAUCCGAGAUAUUCGCGACUUUGGCACCGACAAAAUCUCAGCCAAGGCGGCCAAGGAGAUGUACGAGCGGGCCAUGAAGCUCGAGACCGACUAUAAGCAAUACAUAUCAGCCGUAAUCCCCGGCGUCAGUAUCAAGCACAUGUGCACCCAAAUUAAGGAUGCCGUCGACAAGGAGCAGGACAAGCUACUUUGGGUGCCCGUAUCGAGUGGCUGAUCCGAUCGGAUUGCCGCCUGGACGGACAGUUUGGACAUUGGAGCAUCCUAGUUUUAGUUAUUAGCACACAACGCGACACUCACGAUUAGUAUUUUCAAUGCGCAUCAAUAGUAUCAUAUUUGUAUUUGUUUUGUUCAACGCAGAGUAUUCGAUUGGCGUCAACUUGCAACUUGGAAGUUAGGGCGCGGUAUUUCUACCUGUUUCUUGUCUCUGUCACCUAAUUAAUGUCUAUAGACUUACUCUUUAUUUGCGGUUAGUCCGACCGCUCUGACGGCAAAAUAUGGUCAGCUUUAAUCACAAAAAUGGAAAAUGCUUCCACAAUUUAUAUAUCUAAUUUAUAUAUACCGUUUGGAACUAGAUUUCCUUCUCUGGCGACAUUCUAAGCCAAAAGUCUGUUUGUAUGCAAUUUAUUAUUAUGUAAUUGUAAGUAAAGGCAUCUUAUAUUUUUUUAUUAUUUACCCAAACGAUUCGAUAAACUCGAUGGCAAUAGAGCGUGGCUUUAAAGCCUUCAACUUUUCAACUGUGUAUAUUAAAUAGUUUCGACUAUCCAAUUACCUUCGUGAACCGCUUCAAAAUCAAGCUUUACUUAAAACUUAUCUAAUUCUGGCAACUGCCUUUGCCCGACUACGAAAUUAAAAACGCGACUAGCUAAGCAACACUAGAAAUUUUAUUUAAAUGUGUGAUAGACAAAAUGCUAUCACUAGCCUUAAGUGGUAAAUGGUUAAACUGAAAUGAAGUGCCUUAAAUGCCUUCAAAUUGCUUAAAAAAAAAAACAGAAAACCUUUUCUACAAAAUAAAUACAAUUUAUAAAUCUAAUUUAUCAUCGUACACUUGUGUACAUAAAGAGUAAACAACAGUAAUAUAUCAACGUAUUAAAUACAAUAAAAUCUAUUUUAUACAU